AUGGCGCCCGCAGCAUCCUCCGGCGGCAAGAAACAAAAAAAGAAGUGGUCCAAGGGAAAGGUCAAGGACAAGGCUAACCACGCCGUGGUCUUGGACAAAGCCACCUCUGACAAACUCAACAAGGACGUUCAAUCGUACCGUCUCAUUACCGUCGCCGUUCUUGUCGACAGAUUGAAGAUCAACGGCUCACUAGCACGGAAAGCCCUCGCCGAUCUUGAAGAGCGGGGAGUCAUUCGUAAAGUCGUCGGACACUCCAAGGGCAGUAUCUAUACGAGAGCGGCUGCUGGUGGCGACUAG